GAAGUUGUGACUGAUUAGAAAAUGACACCAUUCAAACCUUUGGACUUCACGGAAUCCGGCGUGCUCAACAACAUAUUUGAGGAGAACAUUAUCAGCAGUGGAGGGUCUGGGAAGGUGUACCGUGUCCACCACCCUAGCCUUCAUGGUCUCAUUGAGGAUCGCAGCAGCAGAAUAAUGGUUGUUAAGAAGAAGGGCAGCCUCGACGACUGGCUGCACCAUCAUGACCGCAAGGGCGCCCCUGCACCAUUGGACUGGCUGACAAAGCUGACCAUUGCUAUUGAUGCAUCCAGGGGCCUCAACUACAUCCACAAAGAGUGCAGACAAGCUAUUAUCCAUCGGGACAUCAAGUCAGGCAACAUUUUGUUUGACCCAGAGUUCCAUGCCAAGAUCGUCGACUUUAGGCUUGCCCGAAUGGUUGUCAACCCACGCCAGUCCCACCACAGGUCAGCCAUUUUUGGGAUACACGGGUACAUGGCCCCUGAUGAGAAUCUCAAAUCCAGCAAGGCAUCUCAAACGUUUCUGUUGAGAUCUAACUGAAUGCAAAUUUUGCAAAAUACUAUUAGUACAAUGGAGGGGCAAGCUCUAGAGGGCCGAUAUCUAUAGUUUUGGUGUGGUUCUGCUAGAGCUAACAACCGACAUGGUUGCUGAGGGCGUUGGAGGAGGAGAAAGCCUGGCUGAAUGGGCAUUGAAGGUAUUACAGGAUCCCUCUUUAACGAAAGACAAAAUCAUCAAACAUAUCCGUGACUCGGUCCAUUGAGAGGAUAUUUUUAUGGUGUUGAAACUCGUGUUCCCUACACGAGUCCUUAAGCAUAUCUAUGGCCAAGCAUGAAGCGCGUCCUUACCCAGUUCAUGCUCAUCCAAUGCGACCGGAGGCAUGUAUGUACAGAGGCUGGGGCUGAGACCAUGUUGCGGAGGAGCGUGUCCGAGAGGGGCACCAACAGCAGUCGGUAUGGCCGCCGGCGCGACUCUGUAGCGCAUACAUGGAUGAGUUUUUAAGAACAGGUGGAUCAUGUUGCCGCUGGUGAUCACUUGGCUCCUUGUCUGUCUAACCAGGAGAUGGUAUGGCUUGCGUCGCUGCGCCAGCGUAUCAUGUGAGCGGCCGUAACACUGGAUAUUUUCCUGUCUAACCAGCAGAUGGUAUGGCUCGCGUCACUGCGCCAGCUACAGUUGCGUUCGGCAUUCACGUGACCAUGUCCUAGAUGAGUUUGGGCUUGUAGAAUGCACAUCAAUAAUUGUGUUUGCUUUUCUUUUUCUGAUAAUAGUGUAGUGGAGUGGGGCAGUGACGCAGUGGAGGAGUUCAUUUCUUCAGUCCAAGAUGUUGUAGCUAGCUUGUGACUUGACGCCUUUGCCUAAUGAUUGCCUAGCGAUAGCAAAUUAAACAAUGUCGCAACGAUACUAAGGUACUUCAAAAAAAUCCAGUCUCCUUAUCAAACGAAUAUACUAGCAUGUCUGGAUGAGGUUUA